GAGUGUGGGCGGUGCCCAGGGUUGCUGAGAACCGGGGCGUCUGUAGUGGUGGUGGUGGGGUUGGAGAGUCGGAGCGAUGCACGGUCACGGCGGUGGAGCAGCUGGAGGAGGUCGGUACCCGAGGACUCGCUGCCAGCUGACAUGGUGCCAUCUGAACUGCCCUGACUCCCCCUGAUGCUCUGCCCGCCAUGGGUGCUAGUCUACCCUUCCUGCUCUCUGUCCUGCUAUGGGCGACGCCCUCUGCGACUCAGAAAUGCGACAUCCAGCCCAUGGCGAACUUGGUGAUCAACAUCUCUGAAGCAGUAUCGAGAGGAACCCGUUUUACUGACCCCAUAAAUGUCGCUGGGCCACAGGAGUGCGUUUCGGCCUGCUGCACGCAGCUGGUCGGGGCAGGUGAUCGCCCCUGCAAUCUCGCCGUGUACGACGGACGCAAAAACCACAGCCGGCAGAACUGUUACCUUUUCCACUGCCCCAGGCUGGAUUCCUGCCCCAUGUCUCCCAGACAGGGGGUCCUGAGUUACAGUCUCUGGAAAGAAAACAGUGACUCGGAUCCAGCUGAGGGGCAUCUCCACCAGACGUUGAGCUCCAGUCGUCAGAACAAAACGCUGAGCUCCGCACGUAAGAAACCCGGCUCUGCUCCGCAGCCGCCAGGGUCCGCCAAGGGCGACUCUGAUGACGCACCCGGUCCACAAGAUCUUACUGGAAAGAAACUGAGCUCUGAGCUCUCGCUGGGAGAGGUGAAUGAGGUCAAACCCCCUGCGAAAGUGGAAGCGUCCGACACACCUGAGCGAAUCGCUUCGCAGCUGCUUCACCUGGCUGCGGAUAUAGACAAACGCUUGGAAAAGAUUGAAUCCAAAUCGCAAGCCGCCAAAGUCUCUGACAGUUCCCUCCAGGCUCCCGACGCCUUCCCUACUGACACAGAGCCCGCCCUACAGACUACAAUAAUCUCCAUGCAUGGAGAGCCGAAGAGACUUCCAUCUGAUGCCAAGAAGGCAAAAGCCACAGUAAAGGAGAAACAACCAAUGGCCGUUGAGGUUCAUCAUCCUACACAAGCUCCCAGGACACCGGACUUCGUGCCUGCCAGAACCUCACACAGGCCUGUGACAGUUGCUCCAAAGCCUAUACCCCACACCAAAGCCAAUCUUAUUGCCACUCCUCAGGACACUAUAGGUGCCAAUAAAGUGCCAAGCUCUGAUGUCAAGAGCAAGGUUCUCACAGGCCACCAUGGCACCAAUCCUUCUAAUAUUGCGGUUAGAACCACUGCAGAAUAUGUGAAGAUUGGUCAUCCGAAGACCCACAGGGAGACUCCCGCCCCUGAUGUUGUCCACCCAAAGACCCAGCCAGAGAGGCCCAUCCCAGAUAUUGUCCACCCAAAGACCCACAAAGUGACUCCUGCCCCUGAUAUUGUCCAGCCGAAGAUAUCCAUCCCAAAUCUUGUCCACCCAAAGACCCACCCAAAGAUACCUAUCUCAGAUAUUGUCCACCAAGAGAUACCCAUCCCUGAUACUGUCCACCCAAAGACCCACAAAGAGACUCCCUCCCCUGGUCUAAUCCACCCAAAGACCUACCCAGAUAUACCCAUCCCUGAUAUUGUCCAUCGUACCAGAACACCCCUUUUGGUGACUCGCCCUGCUGUGCUAAGGACUCCUCCCUCCAAAGCAUCACAGCACACCCUUACCCAUGAAGGUCACCCAUCUACAAAUGGCAAGGACAAGGCACCUGAGCAAACCCUCCCUGAACCCAAUUCCUCUCCACCGCAAGACCCCUCCCCACCUGCUGUGCGUCUGGAGGAGGCACCCAUAAAACUUGACAGUUUGGGGGCCUUGCCGGGGGGUAAGUCCCCCUCCGAUGACCGAAGUGGUUUGGUGGCUGCCCUGAUUUUUGGAGUGGUCUUUCUCAUCGUCGUGAUUGGCCUGGUCAGCCGGAAGGUGUCUGAAGCCCGCCAACGGCACCAGUACACCAAACUGGAUUAUCUCAUCAAUGGCAUGUAUGUGGACACCUGAGGAGAAGGCGCUGGUACAGUGUGUUCCGGAGAGCACGCGGUGAUAGGUCUCCAGGUGAAUGUCCACGUUCCUCUUCCUGGCAGGACAGUGCAGUUUCCCCCAAUCUCACACCAGCAAUAUCCAUUGCACCUACACGUAACGUUACCAAGGUGGACCCUAAAUCACCAGGGGGCUAUAGACUACUCAACUAUGGAUUUGCAAGUUUUGUUGCCCUGAUUUCUGGGCCUGAUCAAGCUCUUGACGCAACAACAGUAUUGCGGGUGGGGAUCUAGAUUACUGACACAGGAAAAAUAAUUUUCUGACUUUUGCAGAUAUAUGUGCGGAAAUGUUUCCUUAUACAAUGGUUGACAUAAGAUAACCGCAAUGGGAUGUUAUAUGAUUGAUCACCGCGUCCGAUCUAUGCAGAGAUCCGUCCUUUUCACAGAAUGUACAAACUAUUUAAUGACAUUUAUCAAUCAUCUAGUAUAAUGUGGAAACGUUACGUUAAAUGCGAUCCACAGACACGGACAAUCCUGACCGUAAAAUAACACUAACCACUCGCUACAGAAGACUUUGGGGGUUACGGUAAAUAAGAUAGCCCCCAUUUUGAACAGCCUGAGAGGAGUAAUAGUUUUGUGCAUGAAUGUGUCCAUGAAUCAGUCGUAUUGGCGAGAAAGAGGGAGAGGAACCAAACAAAUGUAUUUCUGCUUUUCAGAGUCAUUAUUUUGAGAACAAACUUUAUUUAAAUGACGGUAUAGUAAGAAUGGAGCGCGUGGCUGAAUUUAAUUUCUUCCGGGCGGACUGAGUUGUCUCUCUGUUCAUGACACUAGACUGCUGCUGAAUCUGUCUCCUCUAUCUAUUGACACUAGGGAGGGGGAACAGAGGCCGUGAUUGGAUGGCGCCGAUUGUGGCGUUAGUGACCUGUCUUUAUGAAGAGUCGGCACUAGGAAUCUGUUGUGAAAUGUUCUGUGUCCUGCUGAGUGAGCCUGAAGAAGGGAACGGCCGGCACUGAGGAGUGUCUGCAUCGGUGUCUCAUAAACAUUGGCGUCCCAGGCAACUGGGAGGCGCGAGGCACAAAGUUACCAGUGCAUUGAUAGGCUGCAUCCUUGUUGGUAUUGCUUACAUCCACAGCCAGCACUGUUUGUUCAGAACAUUCAUUAUUUCCUGUGAGCUGUUUGCUGCAAUAAAUUAAAUUUGUUCAAUCACGUGACCUCCA